AUGCCUGUAUUAGGCAAGCGAGCUGCAGACGAUACUGUGGAUUUAGUUGAUGACCGCCAAGUUGGAUUCAAGCUUGCCAAGUUUUGCGGGAAAUACCGUCUCCGAUUGCUUGUGGGUCUGCUGAUAUUCCUUGUAAUCGCGGGAAUAGUUUUUGCUGUUGCGUGGAUUCUAACCAGACGUAUGUAUCAUGAAUUAAUAUUAGCUUGUCCUUAUGUGGUAUUGACCGAACUAUUCUAAGUAAAGUUAGCCACACGCCUGUUUCAAUAUCGAAGUGCUUGCAUCCCAGGCUUGCAUGUCAAGUCGGCGAUAAACGAUAGACUUUCUUUUACAAAUACCCCAGCUCAGCUCCACUCCGAUAUUCCAGAAGCCAAAGACAGAACUAGACCAUGCCACAAAGAACAGCACAAAGAAGCAGGUAGUCAUUCUUUUCCACCUCCAAACUUCUUUUUUGUAACUGAACUGAUGACGGAAAAAUGAUAAAUAAAUCACAAACAAUUGUGCAUAUUUUCUUUCUGAAGUACAAUAAAGUUCUUUAGAGAGAGUUUUAAUUAUACAGUUGAUAAUACCGCUGGCGAAAUACCCUUUGGGGUAAAAAAUAUUUGAAAAAGAAAAUUCUUUGCCACCCUUCGUUUGUUUGUGGUUGUCACUUUAAUGUCGAGCCAGGAGGUAAAACAUUUGUUUUUAGAGAAGUGACCAAAUAGUUAGUUAUCUGAACAAUCGAUCAACACACUUGUACUCGUCACACUCAUGUUACUAACCAAAGUUUCUUCCCUUUUUUAUAGGGGUCAGGGACAAGAGAUUUUAAAGGAUGAAUCCUCUUACCCUAAAAAAAAAGUGAUAUCCAGGCGCACCACUGCCACAAAUUUUCAGACACCUAACAACAGUACUGACCAAAGGCUGCCUUCCCCACUUUUUCCGGGGCUUUCAUUGGUUUCUCUGAUUAUACAAAAACCCAGUGGGUGCGUGUUUAGCUUAUUUCCAUGUUUUUAAAAUAAGUUGAAAUAUGGGCUCGAGGCAUGUUUGUAGAGAUUGAACUGACGUGCAUGUUGUAGCGAUGUUACGAAAAGGCUAGUUUCAAGUAUAAGAUUUAUAAAAUGUCCUUAUUUGAUUCGCCUUCAUGGGUCCAUGCUACAGUAUUGAUCGACAAUUUGUUGAUUCAUUUAUACCUUACACUUAAGAAACUUAAACUUACCCCGAAAAUGUGUUUGAAACUUGCAUGUCACGAGGAGCCACGUUCGUUGAUUUAGAUUACACGGAAUAGCUUUCCAGUAUAAAUUUUUAAAAUGUUUUACCCUGUCUAGUGCUCUAUUCUUGAGCGGUAGCGCAAUGUCACCUCCGGUCUCGGCAAUUUGAAUUUCACUGGAACACGAUUGUGAAGAAUAAUCAUCGCAUGGAGUGAUGAUAACCUUGAGAGAAAUCCGGCAUGGGUUAUUUUUCAACUGUAUAGCCACACUCAAAGUGCGCGGUUUGUUUUUCUUAGUACACAGUAUGUAGACAAAAUCAUGUACUUCGCUAUCUUAUAGCCUCGUGUCAUCUAAAGAGCGACUCAGUGUGACUUAUGAAAAUUUAAGAGAAAUCAUUUAUGGCAGUACAUACCAGCGUGUAAUGGUUGUUCCCUCCAAGCCUUAAAUGUCCUCUGAUCCGAUCAUGACUUUGUAUCUGCUUUAUUUUUGCUAUAAAGCUGAACAGAAAUUUGGCCUCAUUUAUGAACUAUUUUAGCGGUCCGCUGCAAAUAAUAUUUGUAGAUAAUACAGCCACUUUACACGAGAAUUAUAAUUUCGUCUAGAUACAAGAAUGAUAAACUGCAGUGCUUACGUUUUUCUUUACAACCUUCUUGACUAAAAAGUGGUAAUUCGGCAGUCGUUGUUGAAAAUCUUAUACCUUGUAUUUGCCCUCCAGUGCUGUGUUUGAAGGAAAUACUUCUUUUUAGAAGAGCGCUGCGGUUUAAUUGAUUCGCUUUUGAGUAUUGCUAAGAAACGUGAGUUUUAUGGAAAAAAAUCUGCUGUAUGAAAUUUUAUUAUUUAAAGAAUAGACAGUUUCAUUUUUUGGUUGGUAUAAUAAUUAAGGCGUCCACAACGGAUCAGAGAUUUGAGAUGUUAUAAUUUCCAUUUAUACUUCUAGUAACUUAUGAAGAAUGUAUAUAAAAUCUUCGGAAAUGAUUCAUACAAUGUACUUCUGUGGACAAAAGAUGAUCGCGAUCUUUUGUUGAUAACCGUGGAGUCAGUGUCAAAAACUUUGUUUCGUUGCAUUGACCCGUUUCACUAUCGCUAAAGCCUGUCAUGGAUUGCGAACAAUGCUGGAAACUUUUUACUUGUACACACUAAUCUCUUGUGUUUUCAAGUCCUUUGCAUAUGAAUAUAUCUGUGAAGGUUACAGGACUGGAAAGCACUAAAGAUAGAAAGGCUGUGUAUAACACUGGGACGGGGACAAGGGAACGGGGACAUUGGGACGCGUGUGUGGGGACUUGGGACUUGAGUCCCAAGUCCCUACACAACUGUGAUCGGGCGGGGCUGGCCCGAGCAAGCUUUCCCGCGGCGUUCUGGCGGCAGAGAGGAAAAGGCCGCCAGAACGCACCGGAGAGCUUGCUCGCAGGCUAAUGCCCGACAAAUGCCCGGGGGAAUGGGCCGAUUUCGUAAUUCUUAGUUUAACUUGAGUAGUAUUUUUUCAGUAAAUUGUUUAGAUUGUUUUGGUUAUCCAUGUUUUCAGGUGUUUUUUCACAGAUAUUUCCGGUUUGUUAGUCUCGUUACCAAGAAAGCACACCUGGCGGUUCCUGGGUUUCUGUACCCUGCGAACAGAGUCUCCUUCGAUCUUCCUAGAUAAGUCCUAAGUUCGAUAAGAUAGAUAAGAUAGAUAAGUUCGAUCUUCCUCUUUCCCGACUUAUCUAGGAAAGAUCGAAGCGACUGUGUUAGUAGGGUAGGGUUUCUGGGAAAAUCGCGUGAAUUUCCGCUUACUACUACGGCUUACACCUCGAGCUGCAGCUGGAAAGAACUCCUCACUGGCAAUCCAUCUUCUCUUCCACGAUACUGAGGUAGACAAUACUCAAAAAUGUCUGUAUUGAGCAGCCCAGCUGCAGACGAUACUGUGGAUUUACUUGGUGACGCUGAUGACGAAGUUGGAUUCAAGCUUGGCAAGUUUUGCAGGAAAUAUCGUCUCCGAUUGCUUGUGGGUCUGCUGAUAUUCCUUGUUGUCGCCGAAACAGUUUUUACUGUUGCGUGGAUUCUAACCAGACGUAUGUAUCAUGAAUUAAUGGUAGCUUGUCUGUGUGUGGUAAUGACCGACCUGUCUUAAGCAAAGUUAGCCAGUGUUUAAGAUGCUUAGAAGUCAUGUACUAUAUUCAUACGACAGAGUAUAAUUGCGCUUAACCCUGCAAUACUCACGCCUGUUUCAGAAUCAAAGUGCUUGCAUGUCAAGUCAGCGAUAUACGAUAGAGUUUAAUUAUUUUACAAAUACCUCAGCUCAGCUCAGCUCCACUCCGAUAUUCCAAAAACCAAAGACAGAUGGUCUUAAAACUAGACACGGCUCUGUUAAAUCUUAAACUGGGUUGUGCCCCAGACGCGCGAUAUACAUACACAGAGAGAAGCGGACUUUGUUGGGUUUGAAUGAUUAUAGAAAGUCGGACGAGACAGAUACAUGUAGCCAUCGUGAAUUUGUCAGGAUUUGUCUAUCGGAAGCCAAUAUUGUGUCAAAACAUCACAUGCAGAAGUUUUAUUCACAUAUCUACAUUUGUUUUAAAAAUUCAUUAGUAUUCACAUCCCUCAUUGCAAACAAUUCUCACGGGCACCCAACGAGAACAUAGUUCAAAACCACUUAAACAUAGAAUUGUUAAACGUAUUUUAGUAUUUAAAUGGUAGAUAUAGGCAUAUUUUUAUCCCCUAAAAAUUUUACAUCUGUUCGAAUUUCCUAGCUGAAAGUCUAGUGAUCCGAAAAUUAUAGGGAUCAAAACUUACCUUUUCGAAAAUUUCAGCCAGAAAAAAGGCUCCCGAGAAUUGUAGGUGACCUUUUUAGGGUAAAAAUCCGUUAAAAAUGGGCAAUUGUACCAUUUUUCAGAUUUUCGAAAAAAAUUAAGCGAGGCAAGCAAGCAAAAAAUUUUACUACAAAUGUUCCGAAAAUUCUAGAUCUCAAAUCGUCUUCCGAACAGAUAUUUUCCAAAAAUUGACGUUGGGUGCCCCUGAAUUCUCGUAUAAAUUUUUUCGGUUGAGUUGUGUCUGACGUUUUACGCAAGAUCUAUUCCGGGUUAUUGACGAUCUGUCCCGUCCUUAUUAUUUCACGCAACAGGGCUCAAAAUAUCGGACAGCAGGUCGCCGGUCCUGAUGACCGGCCAAAUAUUUUUUAGCCCGGACAAACCGCAAUUUUGGCCGGUCAAGAUACUAUAAUAUAUAUAUAUAUUUUUUGCCUAAUGGAAUAUCGAAUUACGCUGGCAAUAGAUCGUUGUAGUGCAUUCACGUUCAGCUUUUUGGCAGCAAGUAGGUGAAAAAUUCAUUCACACGUUCUUGAGUUCCUUUCCGCGGUUUUUGCCCGUUUUCAUGUCCGUUAUACCUUGAGUAUCAUCGUACGGCGGUGUCUGAAAUCCUCAAGGGUCGUCCCAUAUCUGCAUAUCGGUAAAACUUGAUCUUUUUCGUUGCCCGGCACGUGAUCGAAAGUCUCCUCUACAAAGAAGAACAACACUAAAUAUUUUCGGUAAAGAAGUUUAUUUGGGGCAAAUCCGUUCCACAAACAGCGUGUUUAUCAUCAGAAGUCAAUAAAUAUACAGCAGAGCUUUCGUUUGGGUCGUCGCGUAACACUUUAUCGGGAAGGGCUCAUUAACGUCAACAGAAAUUUGCGUAAAGCUCUUUACAAGAAUGAGGGAUAGACAACGUUCGUUCUCGAUUAGCUUAAAUUUUUUUAUCAGACUAUUCUGGAAUCGAGUCUGAAAACGAGAUUCAUGUUCGACAUAAAGAAAUUGUUAUAAAAUCGAUGUGCUAAAAGUUAUUCCCGGAGAAACAGCUGCCGGACGACCUGGUAAGAAUUGCGAUCGAUUUGCCUCCGUGCCUAAUGUUCCUCUUUGCCCACACUGGUUCCUCUGUGCCUACUAUUCCUCUGAAUAAUCACUAAUUGAUCUUUUUCAAUUGCUAUGUGUAAUGAUUAACUAUUUCAGCUCUCGGUAUUUGAGGGACAAUCCCCAAAUUCUGUCGAAGUUGAUUUUCACAUUCCUCUUACAAGCAGAUCAUGUGAAACGUUAGAUGUGAAACGUUAGAUGUGAAACGUUAGAUGUGUUAUAGGACUUAUCUUCCCGAUUUUGAAGAUAUAUGGAAAGUUACUAAAAGUUCGAUAAAUAUCCGAUCAAUAGGCUUUUAAGGUUCUAGAGCAUUCUAACUGUUUACCUUUAAAAAUGUAACGUAAUGAAUAGGCAAUUUACUAAUAAGCUUUGCAUGCAGAAACAUAAAUAUUAACAGUGUGCUUUUUGAGAAUGGGACAUCUUGUCUCCAAAUUUGACAUCCCUCGGAAGAUAGUUAUCUUUUAAAUGGACAUUUCUACGUUUUUAGUAAUUGACUUAGCUAGAUAGGGUUUUGUGGCGGGCUCUUUUUUGUUGGCAGAUACAUCCUACGCAUUAUUAUAUAUGUAGACAUAUGGUCAACGACCAAAAUGAAUAGAAUGAAGACACAAGAAGUGCAUCCCUGCAACACCUAAAUCCCAGUUGCUUUAGAAUAAAUUUAAGAAAAUUCUGUCCUACAGUCAUAGGAUGCUAUUAUUGGAAUGAUAUUCCUUUAUCUAUACGUGAAAAAACAACUAAAAAAUUGUUUAAAAGAGCACUUUUCAACUAUUAUCUUGCUCAGUAUUAAUCAUCGCCACACCGACUCUCAAAUGUUACAUUUUUUUAUGUGUGUGUGUAUGUGCUUUUCUUUUUUCCUCUCUUUUGAAUAUUUUUCAUAUAUUUCUCAUAGUUUAUAGGGUUUAUACUUUUCUCUUUUUUUCUCUUUUAACCUAAAUAAAACUGUAAUUUAAUCAAAGGGCAAGUAAUUUGUUUAACUAUUUCCUGCCCUCUCCAUUUAUUCUUGUAACCUGAUAUUUAAUUCUACAAAUAGCAUCUUUAAUUCUUCAAUCUUGCAAUACAAUAUAAAUGGCUUGUAAAAUAAAUAAAUGGAGGAAAAAAUAAACAAUAAACGACCAAAAACAAAUAGCGAGCUGCUAAGGAACUGAAGGAAGAAGGGUAAGCAGUUAUAGAUAGAGAAAGAGAGGAACAUCAGGAAGAAUGUUGAACCGCCUUGCGAGUAAGGAAAAUAAACCUUCCUCUCCUUCUCCCCGACCCCAUCAGUAAACGACACUAAAAAGCAUCGUUUACCAGUGGAGAAGCCUUCUUCAUCAGUAGCACAAAAAAAUAUAACCUUUAACAGAGGUGGACUGAGUUACGUUCAGCAGAGUGCUGAAAAAGAAAGUUUAUCAGAUGGACAAAACUUUUAGCUAUCCUUUAGUUUUCUAAAGGAUAACAGAUUAUCGUUAGUGUAUUUUUUCCCAAAGACGGUCACACUAUUGACUUUAGCACAAGCAGAAAGCACAGUACCACCUGCUGCAUCGUUGCGUCACUCCAGCACUUCGUUGUUGUUUCGCUUUGUUGCAUUUCAAUUACGACAUGACGACAUGAAAUUUAUUGCGGCGUCCUUUUUUUCUUUACAGCCUUUAAUGCGAAGCAGCAAAGAAAAAAAAGCCAAAGAGAAAAGAAGUCACUACAGCGUUAUAGACUGAGCAAAACGCAUUAAGCGACAACUUAUGGAAAAUAUUAUAAAAUGUUCGUAUCCAAAGAUGACCGGUCAAAAUGAUCGGCCAGACGAGAGUUUGACCGGUCAAGUCCACGAUCAGGCCGGACAUUGUCCGUAUUUUGAGCCCUGCCGCAAUGCUUUAAGUCCGGUUAGCUGAACUGGAAUUUGGAAUACGCAAUCUGAAAUUGAGGAUCAUGGAGAAAAAUCCGCAAACCUUGCAAAUCUCUCUUAUUGGAGUUAAUUCAAAAUGUGUACUUAAAUUUAGCAAUGCGCAUUUUUAUUAUUAUCUACAUAGAGGUCAUAGCUAAAAAUGAAACGAAACAAAACUAAGACACAGGGGUGUCUUUACAACAAUCUAAUGCUAAUAAAGCGCAAGGUAAAACGGUGCUUAACAUGGCUGUCAAAAGUCAGUUGCCAUGGUAAGAACAGAAGGAAAGCACCAGAUAUUAAAACAUCGACCUAAACCAGACGAGUCAUCGAUAUGUCAGCGGCGUCUUACAAAAUGACUGAAAUGAUCCCGUCGACUUCCGCUCACUUGAUCGAUCGCAGCGAAGAUGUUUAACAUAUUUGAGUUAGUUUGAGUUAUAAAACGGUCAAUACUGUCGUUUCCAGUUUAUAUCACUAAAAAAAUGUUAAAUCUGUAAUAGACUCAGCUGUAUUGCAUUGAACGACGCGGCAGUAUGGUCUUCCCAAGGAACGCUGGCUUCGGUCGAUGUUAUUUAGUGUCAACACGUCACGAAAUCCUAUCUAACAGCGACCGAAACCAAACCGGAACUCGGCUGCGGCUACGAAAAAACCGAAAUAAAAUAAAUCCUGCGAGAGUGCGAAUCCCAUCCCAGUUUUAUUGUUGUCAUUUGAGUCUCAAACAGUAGUUUUCCAGCUUUUCGACUUUCACCUAAGAAAGUUUAAGAAGUUCAUAAUAAAAAAAGUUCUACUUCCACAAUCACAUGCCAACAAUUGGCGCCAAAUCUAAGAAUACUGUGUGAAUGACAAUGGCGGGAGCAGAAUCAAGCGAUACACCGUGGUUAUCUCUAUUUUAAGUCGCAUACGAUCCAUAUUCAGGAUAUAUGAACCUUGGAGCUUUAUAUUUUAAAAAGCGUAUGAAAUUGCCACUAUUACCCGUUUUAUGAUAUUUAAUUUAACUGAAACAGACAAGAGGAUUUUCCAGCAGUGGCACGCACUUUGUACAAGUGUCCCCCGGCUAAUUUGUAUUUUCCACACGUUUACUACAGUAUAAAAAUCACGAUUGUGGAGCAUCUGACUCAUCUGGUUUAGGUCGAUGUUAUCUAAUGCUUUCCAAAACAGAAAACAGCCGACAUUUAGCCACGCCACCACUGGUUUCCCCACGAAAUGACGUCUGAGAAACGAGCUGAAAAAAAUUUCCUACGCGGGACGAUCAGUUGAAAGCAUAGCCUGCAUAGCAGACGUUAAAGUGGUGGCGGGGGGGAGGGAGGGGGAUGGGAGUGUAAGAAAGAGAAGAAGGGAACGCCUGUUACAAAAGCCGCGUCUUUUGCUCUUCGCCCCUUAUUUCAAUGAUCCGUGCUGUCACUUCAACGACCGAUCAGAAUUAGGUACACUCUUUUCUGCAUGAAUGACGUCACGCGGGAAAGCGGUUUCGUAGCUGUAAAACUUGAGAAAAUCUUCGCAACGGAAUGUCGGCACCGCGACUCCCACAAAAAUUUGUAAAAGGGGACGGAAAUUUAAUGUAAACGCUAAAAAAAAACAGCAAUAGUAGAUUUUGUGGAGGUAACUUCACUUCUGGGGGAGGACGAGCCUCACUGGAAAAUUUAUUUUCGUCGUCGGGAAGAGUUGAAAGUGCGGGGCUGAUUUUAGCUCAUUGUUGCGGCUCUAUUGGGUUGUGAUUAACCAGAAACGAAAACUUGUCAGAAUAGGUCUUGCAGACCUUGUGGUCGCAAAAUUAGAAACGCAGCUCAGCUGAACAGUUUCAUCAAGAGAGCAACACGUCGAGGAAGAUUUACAUUGAGAGGCUGUGGAAGAUCGAAGGAAAAGACAGCUUCCCACUACUAUCACGCCAGAAAGAAGCGAUGUAAGAACGAAACGUCUCGAAUCUGACGGUGAACAGCUGAAAGAAAAAAAGUCCUGGAAAGGUUAAUUCUAGAAAGACCUUGUUUGCAGAAAGCUAGGGAAUUGCUGGUAUUAAAACAUUUUAUACACACACGCCUGAGCAAGUAACACUCACACUCGCUGGAGAAGAUGCCGAUAUUUUGUUGAAUUAUUGUAGUAUAGAAGAUAUUACAGGAAAACCAUGUACUCAGCUUAAGGCACCGGCAUUGAUUUUGAAUCGUAACGUAGAAGUCAUCGUUCGGAAAUUGCUUGACAACACGACGCAGCCUAACUGAAAUCGCCAGUUUGGUUUGCUGAACAAGCUUGUUUUCUGAUUAACGCAAUAAGAAUUUGGGGACGCCAGCGUCCGCAGAGGUGAACAAAGCGGGAUUACUAUAGCAGGCGUUCCCUUCCUUCUUUCCCCAAUCCCCUCUCCUUCUUUCCUCCCCCCUUCUUUUCUCCCCCCCCCCCCCCCUCCCCCCGUCACUCUGGCUACGCAGGCUAUCAAAAGCACUACCCAGAUCUUUGUAGAGACGCGUCAUCAGUAUGGAAGUUUUGCGCUCGUUUCUCAGACGUCAUUUUGCCCGAAACCAGUGAUGGCGUCUUCAAAUGUGGGCUGUUUAGUCGGGCAUCUUACAGGUCCAAUGCAUGAUUGUUACGUACUUGGAUGUUUAAAAAUUCCUCCUCACAGUGAUGGUUUUGUUUUGUUUUCUCUUCUAGCACCAAAAAUUUGCAAGACUACCCCGUACUAUGAAAUUUCUAAAGGUUUGUGGUAUUUGUUGCAUUAUUUAUAGAGGCAAAUCAUUAUUAAGCCUUAUAUAGGUAACAUUUCGUCAUUGACUCUUAGGCACCUGAGACGCUCAAGAGUUGCGUUCUCCUUUAAUUUUACCAACGACAAAAUUCCCAGAAAGUAGAAAACAAUCUGCCUUGAUUCGCCUACAGUCUUGGACAAAAAUGUUGAGAAAAAUAGACGUUACGAUGUCUACUUUCAAGAUAAAGCUCUUGAAAGCACUGGCAACUACAAAUACUCCCCCUUCCUCCCCCAAAAAACAAUGUUGAAGUCCGGCUGGAUCAUUUCUGAUCCCGACCAAACAACUUUGACCAGGGUGGAGUGAGACGAGGGGCACCCAACGAGAACAUAGUUCAAAACCACUUAAUUGUUAAACGUAUUUUAGUAUUUAAAUGGUAGAUAUAGGCAUAUUUUCAUCCCCUAAAAAUUUUACAUCUGUUCGGAUUUCCUAGCUGAAAGUCUAGUGAUCCGAAAAUUAUAGGGAUCAAAACUUACGUUUUCGAAAAUUUCAGCCAGAAAAAAGGCUCCCGAGAAUUGUAGGUGACCUUCUUGGGGUAAAAAUCCGUUAAAAAUGGGCAAUUGUACCAUUUUUCAGAUUUUCGAAAAACUUAAGCGAGGCAAGCAAGCAAAAAAUUUUAGUACAAAUGUUCCGAAAAUUCUAGAUCUCAAAUCGUGUUCCGAACAGAUAUUUUCCAAAAAUUGACGUUGGGUGCCCCUGAAUUCUCGUAUAAAUUUUUUCGGUUGAGUUGUGUCUGACGUUUUACGCAAGAUCUAUUCCGGGUUAUUGACGAUCUGUCCCGUCCUUAUUAUUUCACGCAACAGGGCUCAAAAUAUCGGACAGCAGGUCGCCGGUCCUGAUGACCGGCCAAAUAUUUUUUAGCCCGGACAAACCCCAAUUUUGGCCGGUCAAGAUACUAUAAUAUAUAUAUAUAUUUUUUGCCUAAUGGAAUAUCGAAUUACGCUGGCAAUAGAUCGUUGUAGUGCAUUCACGUUCAGCUUUUUGGCAGCAAGUAGGUGAAAAAUUCAUUCACACGUUCUUGAGUUCCUUUCCGCGGUUUUUGCCCGUUUUCAUGUCCGUUAUACCUUGAGUAUCAUCGUACGGCGGUGUCUGAAAUCCCCAAGGGUCGUCCCAUAUCUGCAUAUCGGUAAAACUUGAUCUUUUUCGUUGCCCGGCACGUGAUCGAAAGUCUCCUCUACAAAGAAGAACAACACUAAAUAUUUUCGGUAAAGAAGUUUAUUUGGGGCAAAUCCGUUCCACAAACAGCGUGUUUAUCAUCAGAAGUCAAUAAAUAUACAGCAGAGCUUUCGUUUGGGUCGUCGCGUAACACUUUAUCGGGAAGGGCUCAUUAACGUCAACAGAAAUUUGCGUAAAGCUCUUUACAAGAAUGAGGGAUAGACAACGUUCGUUCUCGAUUAGCUUAAAUUUUUUUAUCAGACUAUUCUGGAAUCGAGUCUGAAAACGAGAUUCAUGUUCGACAUAAAGAAAUUGUUAUAAAAUCGAUGUGCUAAAAGUUAUUCCCGGAGAAACAGCUGCCGGACGACCUGGUAAGAAUUGCGAUCGAUUUGCCUCCGUGCCUAAUGUUCCUCUUUGCCCACACUGGUUCCUCUGUGCCUACUAUUCCUCUGAAUAAUCACUAAUUGAUCUUUUUCAAUUGCUAUGUGUAAUGAUUAACUAUUUCAGCUCUCGGUAUUUGAGGGACAAUCCCCAAAUUCUGUCGAAGUUGAUUUUCACAUUCCUCUUACAAGCAGAUCAUGUGAAACGUUAGAUGUGAAACGUUAGAUGUGAAACGUUAGAUGUGUUAUAGGACUUAUCUUCCCGAUUUUGAAGAUAUAUGGAAAGUUAAUAAAAGUUCGAUAAAUAUCCGAUCAAUAGGCUUUUAAGGUUCUAGAGCAUUCUAACUGUUUACCUUUAAAAAUGUAACGUAAUGAAUAGGCAAUUUACUAGUAAGCUUUGCAUGCAGAAACAUAAAUAUUAACAUUGUGCUUUUUGAGAAUGGGACAUCUUGUCUCCAAAUUUGACAUCCCUCGGAAGAUAGUUAUCUUUUAAAUGGACAUUUCUACGUUUUUAGUAAUUGACUUAGCUAGAUAGGGUUUUGUGGCGGGCUCUUUUUUGUUGGCAGAUACAUCCUACGCAUUAUUAUAUAUGUAGACAUAUGGUCAACGACCAAAAUGAAUAGAAUGAAGACACAAGAAGUGCAUCCCUGCAACACCUAAAUCCCAGUAGCUUUAGAAUAAAUUUAAGAAAAUUCUGUCCUACAGUCAUAGGAUGCUAUUAUUGGAAUGAUAUUCCUUUAUCUAUACGUGAAAAAACAACUAAAAAAUUGUUUUAAAGAGCACUUUUCAACUAUUAUCUUGCUCAGUAUUAAUCAUCGCCACACCGACUCUCAAAUGUUACAUUUUUUUAUGUGUGUGUGUAUGUGCUUUUCUUUUUUCCUCUCUUUUGAAUAUUUUUCAUAUAUUUUUCAUAGUUUAUAGGGUUUAUACUUUUCUCUUUUUUUCUCUUUUUACCUAAAUAAAACUGUAAUUUAAUCAAAGGGCAAGUAAUUUGUUUAACUAUAUCCUGCCCUCUCCAUUUAUUCUUGUAACCUGAUAUUUAAUUCUACAAAUAGCAUCUUUAAUUCUUCAAUCUUGCAAUACAAUAUAAAUGGCUUGUAAAAUAAAUAAAUGGAGGAAAAAAUAAACAAUAAACGACCAAAAACAAAUAGCGAGCUGCUAAGGAACUGAAGGAAGAAGGGUAAGCAGUUAUAGAUAGAGAAAGAGAGGAACAUCAGGAAGAAUGUACAACCGCCUUGCGAGUAAGGAAAAUAAACCUUGGAAGUUUAACUGGCUGAUUUUGGUGGAGUUCCUCUCCUUUUCGCCGACCCCAUCAGUAAACGACAUUAAAAAGCAUCGUUUACCAGUGGAGAAGCCUUCUUCAUCAGUAGACACAAAAAUAACCUUUAUCAGAGGUGGACUGAGUUACGUUCAGCAGAGUGCUGAAAAAGAAAGUUUAUCAGAUGGACAAAACUUUUAGCUAUCCUUUAGUUUUCUAACGGAUAACAGAUUAUCGUUAGUGUAUUUUUUCCCAAAGACGGUGACACUAUUGACUUUAGCACAAGCAGAAAGCACAGUACCACCUGCUGCAUCGUUGCGUCACUCCAGCAGUUCGUUGUUGUUUCGCUUUGUUGCAUUUCAAUUACGACAUGACGACAUGAAAUUUAUUGCGGCGUCCUUUUUUUCUUUACAGCCUUUAAUGCGAAGCAGCAAAGAAAAAAAAGCCAAAGAGAAAAGAAGUCACUACAGCGUUAUAGACUGAGCAAAACGCAUUAAGCGACAACUUAUGGAAAAUAUUAUAAAAUGUUCGUAUCCAAAGAUGACCGGUCAAAAUGAUCGGCCAGACGAGAGUUUGACCGGUCAAGUCCACGAUCAGGCCGGACAUUGUCCGUAUUUUGAGCCCUGCCGCAAUGCUUUAAGUCCGGUUAGCUGAGCUGGAAUUUGGAAUACGCAAUCUGAAGUUGAGGAUCAUGGAGAAAAAUCCGGGAACCUUGCAAAUCUCUCUUAUUGGAGUUAAUUCAAAAUGUGUACUUAAAUUUAACAAUGCGCUUUUUUUAUUAUUAUCUACAUAGAGGUCACAGCUAAAAAUGAAACGAAACAAAACUAAGACACAGGGGUGUCUUUACAACAAUCUAAUGCUGUUAAAAUAAAGCGCAAGGUAAAACGGUGCUUAACAUGGCUGUCAAAAGUCAGUUGCCAUGGUAAAAACAGAAGGAAAGCACCAGAUAUUAAAACAUCGACCUAAACCAGACGAGUCAUCGAUAUGUCAGCGGCGUCUUACAAAAUGACUGAAAUGAUCCCGUCGACUUCCGCUCACUUGAUCGAUCGCAGCGAAGAUGUUUAACAUAUUUGAGUUAGUUUGAGUUAUAAAACGGUCAAUACUGUCGUUUCCAGUUUAUAUCACUAAAAAAAUGUUAAAUCUGUAAUAGACUCAGCUGUAUUGCAUUGAACGACGCGGCAGUAUGGUCUUCCCAAGGAACGCUGGCUUCGGUCGAUGUUAUUUAGUGUCAACACGUCACGAAAUCCUAUCUAACAGCGACCGAAACCAAACCGGAACUCGGCUGCGGCUACGAAAAAACCGAAAUAAAAUAAAUCCCGCGAGAGUGCGAAUCCCAUCCCAUGUUGUCAUUUGAGUCUCAAACAGUAGUUUUCCAGCUUUUCGACUUUCACCUAAGAAAGUUUAAGAAGUUCAUAAUAAAAAAAGUUCUACUUCCACAAUCACAUGCCAACAAUGUCAACAAUUGGCGCCAAAUCUAAGAAUACUGUGUGAAUGACAAUGGCGGGAGCAGAAUCAAGCGAUACACCGUGGUUAUCUCUAUUUUAAGUCGCAUACGAUCCAUAUUCAGGAUAUAUGAACCUUGGAGCUUUAUAUUUUAAAAAGCGUAUGAAAUUGCCACUAUUACCCGUUUUAUGAUAUUUAAUUUAACUGAAACAGACAAGAGGAUUUUCCAGCAGUGGCACGCACUUUGUACAAGUGUCCCCCGGCUAAUUUGUAUUUUCCACACGUUUACUACAGUAUAAAAAUCACGAUUGUGGAGCAUCUGACUCAUCUGGUUUAGGUCGAUGUUAUCUAAUGCUUUCCAAAACAGAAAACAGCGGACAUUUAGCCACGCCACCACUGGUUUCCCCACGAAAUGACGUCUGAGAAACGAGCUGAAAAAAAUUUCCUACGCGGGACGAUCAGUUGAAAGCAUAGCCUGCAUAGCAGACGUUAAAGUGGUGGCGGGGGGGAGGGAGGGGGAUGGGAGUGUAAGAAAGAGAAGAAGGGAACGCCUGUUACAAAAGCCGCGUCUUUUGCUCUUCGCCCCUUAUUUCAAUUAUCCCAGCUGUCACUUCAACGACCAAUCAGAAUUAGGUGCACGCUUUUCUGCAUGAAUGACCUCACGCGGGAAAGCGGUUUCGUAGCUGUAAAACUUGAGAAAAUCUUCGCAACGGAAUGUCGGCACCGCGACUCCCACAAAAAUUUGUAAAAGGGGACGGAAACCCAAUGUAAACGCUAAAAAAAAUAGCAAUAGCAGAUUUUGUGGAGUUAACUUCACUUCUGUGGGAGGACGAGCCUCAUUGGAAAAUUUAUUUUCGUCGUCGGGAAGAGUUGAAAGUGCGGGGCUGAUUUUAGCUCAUUGUUGCGGCUCUAUUGGGUUGUGAUUAACCAGAAACGAAAACUUGUCAGAACAGGUCUUGCAGACCUUGUGGUCGCAAAAUUAGAAACGCAGCUCAACUGAACAGUUUCAUCAAGAGAGCAACACGUCGAGGAAGAUUUACAUUGAGAGGCUGUGGAAGAUCGAAGGAAAAGACAGCUUCCCACUACUAUCACGCCAGAAAGAAGCGAUGUAAGAACGAAACGUCUCGAAUCUGACGGUGAACAGCUGAAAGAAAAAAAGUCCUGGAAAGGUUAAUUCUAGAAAGACCUUGUUUGCAGAAAGCUAGGGAAUUGCUGGUAUUAAAACAUUUUAUACACACACGCCUGAGCAAGUAACACUCACACUCGCUGGAGAAGAUGCCGAUAUUUUGUUGAAUUAUUGUAGUAUGGAAGAUAUUACAGGAAAACCAAGUACUCAGCUUAAGGCACCGGCAUUGAUUUUGAAUCGUAACGGAGAAGUCAUCGUUCGGAAAUUGUUUGACAACACGACGCAGGCUAACUGAAAUCGCCAGUUUGGUUUGCUGAACAAGCUUGUUGUCUGAUUAACGCAAUAAGAAUUUGGGGACGCCAGUGUCCGCAGAGGUGAACAAAGCGGGAUUACUAUAGCAGGCGUUCCCUUCCUUCUUUCCCCAAUCCCCUCUCCUUCUUUCCUCCCUCCUUCUUUUCUCUCCGCCCCCCCCCGUCACUCUGGCUACGCAGGCUAUCAAAAGCACUACCCAGAUCUUUGUAGAGACGCGUCAUCAGUAUGGAAGUUUUGCGCUCGUUUCUCAGACGUCAUUUUGCCCGAAACCAGUGAUGGCGUCUUCAAAUGUGGGCUGUUUAGUCGGGCAUCUUACAGGUCCAAUGCAUGAUUGUUACGUACUUGGAUGUUUAAAAAUUCCUCCUCACAGUGAUGGUUUUGUUUUGUUUUCUCUUCUAGCACCAAAAAUUUGCAAGACUGCCCUGUGCUAUGAAAUUUCUAAAGGUUUGUGGUAUUUGUUGCAUUAUUUAUAGAGGCAAAUCAUUAUUAAGCCUUAUAUAUAGGUAACAUUUCUUCAUUGUCUCGUAGGCCCCUGAGACGCUCAAGAGUUGCGUUGUCCUUUAAUUUUACCAACGACAAAAAUCCCAGAAAGUAGAAAACAAUCUACCUUUAUUCGCUUAUAAUCGUGGACAAAAAUGUUGAGAAAAAUGGUCGUUACCAUGUCUACUUUCAAGAUAAAGCUCUUGAAGGCACUGGCAACUACAAAUACUCCCUCUUCCUUCCCCCAAAAACAAUGUUGAAGUCCGGCUGGAUCAUUUCUGAUCCCGACCAAACAACUUUGACCAGGGUGGGGUGAGAGGAGGGGCCAUAGCGGUACCAAAUCCACGGGAUAGACGUUCUGUGGGUAAGAAAGUGCAAAUUCUGAACACUUGUUGUCCAAGAUUGUUACUUAGCGCUUAAAACGUCCGCUUUUCACCCUUUUUAUUGCGGAAAACUCACUUUAACAACUCAUUUCCAAUAAAACCAAACUGUUGUGUCUCACAUCCCAACCGACCCCGCUCAACAGUUGCUUUCGAAACUAGACCCUUUAGACCCUAGUAGCUAAACCAAUGGCUUAGAAAAGGGGAGGGGGUAGCCUGAGAACGCAGACGUAUUUUCGGCUAAAGCGACGACCGGAAAUACGUCUGGGUUUGCAGGCUUGGAGUGGCAGGAAAAGAAUAAGCCCUGGGCGCGAGGUUGACCUUCGAAGCGUCUGUUUGACUUUCGCGUUUUGCUAAUUUGAGACUUUUGUUUGUUAUUGAAGAUAUCUCCAAUCAGCUGAACAAAAGUGUGGAUCCAUGUAAUGAUUUUUACUCCUACGCUUGCGGAGGCUUCUUCAGAAGUCACAAGCUUGGAGCUAAUGAAAGCUAUGUUGAUUCUUCUUCCAUUGUCUACAACGACAACUUGAAGGUUUUAAGAAGUGCUCUGCAGAAUUCUUCGUUUAACUACUCCCAGGUUGGUGUGUAACUUUUGUCUUGUUGUUGCUGUUGUUUUUUAUGUGAGGCUGUAGACAAAAAAUCCAAUAAAACGCUUGUGAACUAUCGGCAGAUUCGUCGAUGUUGCCUGCCUACAGACGUUUUUUUUCCGACAGUUCUACAGCGCGCAAGUUUAUUUUGACAGUUUGACAGCGCGCGAACCAAGCGAGUGCACAAGAGCGAGCGCGAGAAAAAAAAAGAAAUCGAUGUUCGUCUUUUUCUCUUUUCCCCAUCACCACCCACUUGAACUUUCGUUCAAUGAAUCCCCCGCCGUGUUUUUUUCCAUACACGCACUCGAAAAUCUCUAAAGAGAAAAUAGAGGGUCUGUGAACAGGCUAUAGUCGAUCUCCCGUAAUGAACUAUUCUCACCAUGAAACGAAACAGUUGAAGAGCGCCUGAGAGUAUGUUACGAUUGAUUUUACCUAUCGACCGAUCAAGACAGUCGACUCAUGUAGCCGAGCGUACCUCUCUAGAAAGAAGUUCAGCCGUACCACGUUCCUGUCCAUGACCUUGGUAUGCCUGUGCUUCGUCCAAGCCUACUAAUCCAUCAUGCCAAUUCAAGGACCCAAGUUUGAGCGUCUAAACUGAUACGAGGGACCUUCAGAUCCGCCGAUGGCGCGCCGUCGAAAGAGUCGCUUAAAAAAUGAACUCUCAUUCUUUUAAUAUUCAUCGCGAUUACUUUGUCAGAUAUAAAAUAAGGCCGUGUGCACACGAAGGCGUUUUGAAAAGUAUGCGUUUUCGUUGUCACUGAAAACACAUCGAUCG